AUUUUUGGCAUUUACCUAAAAUUGAAUUCACAGUAAAUUCAUAUUCUCCUGCUGCAUCGCGUAUUAUUUAACGUCGUCAAUUACAGAUUCGUCGUGGCGUUAAAUUAUUACCAUAAUCCAGCUGUCAUAUAAUACGCUGAAUCUGUAACAAUAAUAUAUAUAUAUAUAUAUAUAAAUAUACAUAUAUAGGUUCAGAGUGAAAGCCGGAAAACAGAGUCGGAGAAGUUGCCGGAGAAAUGAGACCCAAGAUUUAUCUAUUUGGAGAUUCCAUCACUGAAGAGUCCUUCAGCGACGGCGGAUGGGGUUCUUCUCUCGCCAAUCACUUUUCUCGCACUGCGGAUGUGGUGCUGAGGGGUUACAGUGGAUACAACACGAGGUGGGCUCUAAAGGUGAAGGAGAAGGUGUUCCCGCCGCCGCAGCAGAGCGGCGGCGGCGACGCUCCUCCGGCGGCGGUGACGGUGUUCUUCGGGGCGAACGACGCCUCACUCCCGGACAGGUGCAGCGGGUUCCAACACGUGCCCCCUGAUGAGUACAAACAGAAUCUUCUCUCCAUCGUCGCCUUUCUCAAGAAGCAAUGGCCGUCGACUUGCAUUAUCCUCAUCACACCUCCACCGAUCGACGAAGCUGCAAGGCUACUGCACCCUUAUGUGGACAACCCGUCGGGCCUUCCUGAGAGAACAAACGAGGCUGCUGGUAUUUACGCCAAACAAUGCCUUGCUGCUGCAGCUGAAUGUGGUCGUCCAUCGAUAAAUCUUUGGGAGAAAAUGCAGCAAUUUCCGGGAUGGGAAAAGGCUUACUUGAGAGACGGCUUACAUCUGACUUGUAACGGAAAUAAGUUUGUGUUUGAGGAAGUGGUUAAGCGGCUAAAGGAAGAAGGGAUAAGUCUGGAGAAUCUACCGGCGGAUCUUCCGCUCAUAUCUGAGAUCGAUACCGAUAAUCCUCUCAAGUCUUUCGAUAAUUAGUUGUAAGAGGAGGAGGAAUAUUCUGCUUAUGCGCUUAAUUCGCCAUAAAAUUGCAUUGGAAUGAAUGAUAUAGUUUUAUACGAGCUUAGAUGCUGAAAAAGUGUACAUUUUUCGUGUAUGCUAACGUUGUUGUUUUUUUGACCGACUUUUAAUAAUCUGUUUUCAGUAGCUACCGAAGAACUUAUAUUUGUUCGAUAUUAUGUAGAAGUACUUUAGUUUAUGUGCAUUCCACCCCGUGAAUACAAAAUUCUUGCUUCGCCAU